AGUUGGUUUUUAGUUUACUUCUAACAAAUUGGUUCUGGCGCGAGUUGCAGAGGAACGUUCAGAUUUCAAAAAAGAAAUGCUGCUUCUCAUUUCUCCAUUCCCUUCUUCCCUUCCUGCUCUUUGAUUCUCAGCUUCAAUUCUGAUCUUAUUAUCCUUUGUUUCACCUAGUAGUUUCUCUUCUAGCUUGACUUUGUUUAAAGAUAAUAGAAGUACAUGCAUGGAAGGGAGAGAGAGCACUGUCUCUGGCUCUCCGGCUAACACUAACGCGGAGGCUGAGUCUCCGGUGAGUGGAGGCGAACCAGGAGCGGGAGCGGUGGGAGCUUCGCAAGGUGGGGUGGUGCCACAAGUGAUGAACAUGGCAGUAAGCAUGAGUAUGGAGAGAAGCCUUGGAGGAGGAGCUGUAGGGAUGGACAUGCUGGGCAAAAAGAAGAGAGGGAGACCAAGGAAGUAUGGCUCGGACGGGAGCAUAGCUUUGGCUCUCUCACCGGGCUACUCUUCAUCUCCCUCCGACUUUUCUAAGCGGAAUAGAGGGCGGCCACCGGGUUCCGGCAACCGGCAAAUACUUGCUUCUUUAGGUGAGCUGAUUGCAAAUACGGCUGGAGGAAGCUUCACACCACAUGUGAUUACCAUAAAUACAGGGGAGGAUGUUGCAGCAAGGAUAUUCUCAUUUUCUCACAAGGGUCCUCGGGCCAUUUGCAUUCUCUCAGCCAAUGGAGCUGUUUCGAAUGUUACAAUUCGCCAGCCUGGUUCUUCUGGUGGUAUUUUGACAUACGAGGGCCGCUUCGAGAUAUUGUCCUUGACUGGGUCCUAUGCAAUCACUGACAUUGGUGGUGGAAUACGUGGUAGAACUGGUGGAAUAAGUGUUUCACUGGCAGGUCCUGAUGGACGUGUGAUUGGUGGGGGAGUAGCAGGUUUAUUAAUGGCUGCUAGCCCAAUCCAGGUUGUGGUGGGGAGCUUCAUGCCAAACAGUUACAAAGCCCACAAGCGGAGGCACCUUCUAGAACCUUCAAUGGUUUCCCCAGUUCCAGGUGGCCCAGAUGUUGUCACAGCAGCAAGACCGAUCUCUCAAGUAAUACCUGAUGAUGAUACCUGUGUCACCCCAACAUCUACAUUACCAGAACAAAGCCAUGGAGAAGCAGAGAACAGUGUGAGCAGUAACCCGACCACAAACUCUACUUUCCGAAGUGGUGGUUGGCAUGGCUCUGAGUCAACCUUGGAACAGAAACAAUCUCCAGACAUUAAUGUGUCUGUUCCAGGGGAAUAGCACAUGAAGGAUGGUUUUUCUCAUGGGCUAGGUGCUUCUGGAGGCUGGAAGAACAGGUAAAUGAGGCUUGCUAGAAGUACAUUUUAUCAUUGUUGUAACAUUUCUGCCAAAGUCUCCAAAACUAAAGAGAACUUGUUGUGAUUUUCUUAUUGAUUCUGUUUUCCAUCUAUGACAUGAAGGGGUUCCUGCUUAGAGAAUUGAAGAGUAUAUGUGCAUGGAAAAUUUGAUGCUAAUGGACAUUAAUACCAGAAAUUUGCAAAAUUUUGAUGGAAAUAUUCUA